AGAAGUUAGGUUUACAGUAUUUAUUUAUCUACUUUAAACUAAUUCAACUGUUUUAUUAGUGAAACGUAACUACCAUUAGCAACAAGCGGCUAACGAGCUGAUCAGUGGUGAAGAAGGAUAAUACCGUAACAACCAUUAGUGAGCUGAUCAGUGGUGAAGAAGGAUAAUACCGUAACAACCAUUAGUGAGCUGAUGAGUGGUGAAGAAGGAUAAUACCGUAACAACCAUUAGUGAGCUGAUGAGUGGUGAAGAAGGAUAAUACCGUAACAACCAUUAGUGAGCUGAUGAGUGGUGAAGAAGGAUAAUACCGUAACAACCAUUAGUGAGCUGAUGAGUGGUGAAGAAGGAUAAUACCGUAACAACCAUUAGUGAGCUGAUGAGUGGUGAAGAAGGAUAAUACCGUAACAACCAUUAGUGAGCUGAUGAGUGGUGAAGAAGGAUAAUACCGUAACAACCAUUAGUGAGCUGAUGAGUGGUGAAGAAGGAUAAUACCGUAACAACCAUUAGUGAGCUGAUGAGUGGUGAAGAAGGAUAAUACCGUAACAACCAUUAGUGAGCUGAUGAGUGGUGAAGAAGGAUAAUACCAUAACAACCAUUAGUGAGCUGAUGAGUGGUGAAGAAGGAUAAUACCGUAACAACCAUUAGUGAGCUUGAUCAGUGGUGAAGAAGGAUAAUACCGUAACAACCAUUAGUGAGCUGAUGAGUGGUGAAGAAGGAUAAUACCAUAACAACCCUUAGUGAGCUGAUCAGUGGUGAAGAAGGAUAAUACCGUAACAACCCUUGACUGUCUUGGUGAACAUGUGAACAGAUUAUGUGAGGAUAAAGAGAAUAUGAAACGUCUCCAUAGAAGAUUCAUAGAUACCCUUCGACUUCACGUGAAAAGUGGCCAUGGGGGCAUGGGACUUCCCCGAUUUGGGGGUAUUGGAGGCAAAGGUGGAGAUAUUUAUGUGGAAGCCAAAGAAGAUUUUACUUUAAAGAAGACAUUAAAUGCUGAACCACGAAAGCGGUGGAGUGCAGCUGAUGGAGGGAACAGUCACAAGUUUCGCAUCAUUGGGGAACCAGCGGAGAGCCUCAGUAUACCAGUUCCAGUUGGUACUACAGUCAGAUUAGAUGGAGUCAAAAUACUAGGUGAAGUUAACAGUGUUGGAGACAAGGUGCUUGUGACCAAAGGAGGUACAGGUGGCUCUCCCAUGAACCAAUACAAUGGACAGAAGGGGCAGGCACAUAACAUACAACUUGAGCUGAAAUUGUUAGCAGACGUUGGCCUUGUAGGUUUUCCAAAUGCUGGAAAAUCAACGCUUUUAGGAAGUAUCUCCAGAGCCAAGCCAAAGAUUGCCAGUUAUCCAUUCACAACAUUGCAACCAAACAUUGGAAUGGCAGAAUUUCAUGAUGGGCGUCAAAUCAGCAUUGCAGACCUUCCUGGGCUAAUAGAAGGUGCAUGGGCCAAUGUUGGCAUGGGACACAAAUUCCUCAGACAUGUUGAGAGAACAAAGUUACUUCUAUUUGUUGUUGACAUAAAUGGUUUCCAACUGGGACCCCAACACCCUCAUCGGACUCCAACAGAAAACAUUAUACUUCUGAAUAAGGAGUUGGAGAUAUACUCUUCAAAUCUUCUUGAGAAACCUGCCUUACUGGUGAUAAACAAAAUGGAUUGUCCAAAUGCCGAAAAUAAACUGGAAAAGCUGCUGAAGGAUCUAAAUCAACUUAGAGUUUGCACAAAUUUCCCUGAAGAGUUCCACCCUGAACAGUUAGUGACAUUUGAUGACAUUAUUCCAUGUUCAGCGCGAGAAAAUAGAGCAUCUAUAAAUCACUUAAAGGAACGUCUUCGUGAGGUUCUCGACUUUUAUGGAGACCAAGAGAAAGAUCAAGUAAAAGUGGUCACCAAAGCCAGACAACAAGUUCAAAAGCUACUCAGUGAAAGGAGUAAGCAUCUGGUUUGAUUGUUUUAAUAUAUCAAGUUAUUGUAGUUCUGUAUUGUAUGAUUACUGUAUUUAUGUAAUAAAUAUAAUCAAAGAUACUAAA